GCGCGCCGAGACGCAGGAAAUCAAAAUGGCGGCUUGUCGUCAGCGCGGUGCUGCUGCUGGAGGCCCUCGCGGCCCCAACAAGCUGCAAGUCGGCUACUACGAGAUCGAGAGGACUAUCGGCAAAGGCAACUUCGCCGUGGUGAAGCUGGCCAGCCAUAUCAUCACCAAAACUAAGGUCGCUAUCAAAAUUAUAGACAAGACACAUCUGGAUGAAGAUAACUUGAAGAAAAUUUUUCGUGAGAUUGAGAUCAUGAAGCAAGUCAAGCACCCACACAUUAUUAGAUUAUACCAGGUUUAUGAGACAGAAAGAAUGAUAUAUUUGGUAACAGAGUACGCAAGUGGCGGAGAAAUAUUUGAUCACCUGGUGGCCCAUGGAUGGAUGGAAGAAAAGGAAGCCAGAAAAAAGUUUAAACAGAUUUUAACUGCUGUUCACUACUGCCACAAGAAUAACAUUGUACAUAGAGACCUGAAGGCAGAGAAUCUUCUCUUAGAUGCCAACCUAAAUAUCAAGCUAGCUGACUUUGGCUUUAGUAAUCACUUCACUCCAGGCCAUCCGUUAAAAACGUGGUGCGGCAGUCCUCCGUACGCGGCGCCCGAGCUGUUCGAGGGCAAGGAAUACAUGGGUCCUGAAGUGGACAUCUGGAGUCUAGGGGUGGUGUUGUACGUCUUAGUGUGUGGAGCCCUUCCAUUUGAUGGGAGCACGCUGCAGAAUCUCAGGGCAAGGGUGCUGGCCGGGAAAUUCCGCAUUCCUUUCUUCAUGUCAACAGAAUGUGAGAAACUAAUAAAGGGUAUGCUGGUUCUGGACCCUAAGAAGAGACUGACAGUCCAGCAGAUCUGUAAGCAUGAGUGGAUGGUGAUGGACGAGCCUGACCCGGAGUUUAAGAGACUAAUCCACAACUACAGUGACGAGGAGCCGGAGCCCAACAGCGAGUACAUCAGUGCACAGGUGCUGCAACACCUCAGUAACCUGAACAUCGACAGGGAACUGGUGCUUCAGUCGGUAAAGAACAAGCGUUAUGACGACCACAGUGCAAUCUACCACCUUCUGUACGACAAGUUCAAAAAGAACCCCAAACUGAUGCAGAAGGCAAGCCUGCUGACGGACCCCGCGCUCCUGACGCAGUACAACAACACGGCAAUGUCCCUGCCACAGCAGCUGUACGAGGACAGCAGCGUGGGACAGCUGACUGUGCCGGGAGCCAACCUCCCACACAUGCAGAUCAACAGCCACCAUCGACAGGUUGAUAUCGCAGGAGAGGGAGACCAGAUGGAGAGUGACACAGAAGAGCCGUCACCGGAGGCACUGGCCAGAUACCUGUCCAUGAGAAGACAUACCCUGGGUGUGGCAGAUCCAAGAACGGAGAUCCCUGCGGAGCUGGCUGCCAAACUGAAGCAGCCCAACCCCACGCUGCCUCAGCAGCAGCAGGCGUUCACCCACGUGAUUCCUAACGUCACGGUCGGCCAGACUGCCGUCCCCAACAUUCCUCAGGCCCUGGCACAACCCAACCAAACUGUCCACUAUAAGACUGCUGUACCAAACAUUCCGCAGGCUCUCAACCAAAUGGUUCAAUAUCAGGACCAGAACCUGUUGCAGCUGCCUGACAUCCGUGACAUGCCGAUGGGCAGGCGAGCGUCGGACGGAGGCGCCAACAUCCAGCUGCACGCGCAGGCCUUACUGACCCUGCGAAACAGCCAGGAAGCCUUCCCUGUGUCCCCCGGGCUUGUCCCACCUAAGAUUACCCCGAUGCCGAUGUUGCAGCAGACCAUCCCCAUGAUGCCUCACGAGGAGGACGACGAUGAGGAGCCAGAUCAAGAGGCAGUUAGAAGAUACCUGAUGAACCGUGGGAAGCGGCACACGCUGGCUGUCCCUGACGCUGUGCCCGUGGAGCUGCAGGACAAGCUGGCCCAGAGGCCGCUCAAGCCCCGCGGCGGUCUGCUGGCCCCGCCACACAGAUCCAGUGGCAGAGAUAGUUACAAGGACGUCCACUCGUUGCACCUCCCGAGUGAACGGUACUCCCCCGUGAGAAGAGCGUCGGACGGCGCGGCCAGUCUGCACGCGUUCAGGGCGCAUUUCGAGAAACUGUCCAGCCAGGGCAGCGUCAGUUCACAGAAAAGCAGCCUGAAACAGCUGCAACAGGAGUAUCAGCAGCUGCAGCAGCAGGUGGGCAAGAGUUCACGGCAGCAGCACCCGCAGAUCGCCCAGCUGCAGAACAGCCGUCCGUCCCCCCAGCCCUCCCCUCCCCUGUCUGCCUCCCCCACCCUACAGCAGCAGCAGCAGGCACAGGAAAUGCAUCCCAGCCAUCUGACUCAGCAUCUCCAGAGACUGAAUUUGCAGAGACAGUGCAACAGUCCUCCUGCCUUCCAGCACCUGCAGCAACAGAACAGAAACAGCCCCCCUCCCACCUUCCCCACCACUUCCCACGCCCUGCGCCAGGGCCUGACAGACUCUCCCACAAACCAGCUCCACACUAACCCCUUCAUGAAGACUGGUGCUGCCAGAUCCCCCAUGGACGCCCCCCAAGUGUACUUCCCCGAGUCCCCAAACCCCUUCACCAAGCGGGAAGGUGUCUCCAACUUCCCCCAGUUCACCCAGACCACGGGGGUCCCUCUCAGCUCACCCAGCGGCUACCGGCUCCAGAAGCCACCUGCGCUCCAGACGAAGCCAAUCCCAGAGAUAAUUUAUACAAGUGUAGACGAGGACGAGGAACCCCGGAAACAGGGCGAGGAGCUGGAAGCUUCGCUUCCCCACCGUCUAGCACCUUCUUUGAAGGAGCAAGGAUCACCACAGGACUCCCCUGUGCACCAGCUGGACUAUCAGGAGGCGUUUUCGCAGGCAGAGCAGCGGAAUGACAGCCACGGGCAGCUGGCCCAUGACAGCUACCUGUUGCAGGAACAGCAGAGAGUGGACAGCCAGGGCAGCUUUGACGGGUGUGAUGGGGAGCCCCCGCGCCCCAGCAGUGCUCCGUCUGUCACCGUACCGCAACAACAGCAGAUAUUCGACUUCACCCCGCAGCAGUUUGUUGGAAAUAACAGUUCCAUGAUGGACGGCACGUUCCCCCUCACUUUCUCUCCCUCAGUAAUGACGUCAACCGUGGACACAACAACCCAGCAGACUGCAGCUGGUUACCAGCAUGCGUUUCCCCAGGCGAUGGGGUUCGCAACAUUUCAGCCCAGCUACGCUCCGACGGUGCAAAAUGUGCAGAUGAACUUCCAACCCAUCCUGCAGAGGACUUGGCCAUUUCCGCAACCCGAGAUGCAAAACCCGCAGCGGCUGAAUUUCUAUGGACCAAAUCAGGGGGUGUUGUUAAACCAGUUAGGCCCUUCACCGAACGUUGCAGGGUUGAACGCCAUAUCUGCAUUAGUGGAUGAUUUGUCGGUUGGUAUGGGACGACAGCGACCACGGUCUGCCGUGACGUCAGAGACGCUCAGUAGGUUUCAAGUCCCUGGCAGUCCCUACAAUCCAACGAACUUGGCAAGCAUUCCGUCAAACUCAGAAAUGGAGGGUUACCUGUCAGAUGGUGCCGGUCACGACACGGGAAUGAUAUCUAAUACGAUACCGUAUACAAACGCUUCCUCUAUGGACAAUACGCCGCUGCGGCCCGCCAGGAACCACCGCAGACACCACACAGUACAGUCAGGUCAGGACGCUCGCCUCCAACAGAGCCAGAUGCUGCAGAGAGCACAAAACAACCACGGAACAAUAUUCACAGUCAACUCACAGAGCUCCUCUAGUAACCCUGGACUGAAUCACGGAGAGGCGACCAUGCACUCACAAACCUUGCUCGUGAAGACUCCCUCGGAUUUGGCAAACUUUGUGACCACGUCCCCCAGCGUGUCGACCAUGACUAGUAUGAACAUCCAGGGUGGUGGAGUGGGAGAGUCUCUACCUCAGAGUCACAAGAUCCCCCCCUCCGUCAAAAUGACGUCUGAGAAGAAUGUCGGGGAGAUUGUGCAGGAGGUGAAGAGGAUGCUGGACAAUAAGGGGCCAUCGGUGAUGUACACGCACCAGGACUGCCUGUUUGAGCUGGAGAAGGAAGGGGUGAGGAUGGAGAUGGUGGUGUGUCGGGUCAACUUGGGGCUGAACGGACUGUGUGUCAAGAGACUCGCAGGCGACACCCAGCAGUAUAAACAGUUAUGUCACGAGCUGCUGACGGGCAUCAACCUCUGAGUUGUGUAGUAGGACGGGAAAGAGCGGAGGCUGGUAGAACUUUUGUAUUACCAGACUAGAAUGUCAUAGUAACCAGCUAGGAAGCUUUUUUCCUCCGUCAGUACAAUGUAUUAUUGGAGAAAGUACUCAGCAUGUUUGACAGGGUUUGUUAGAUGUUGAUGGAUAUUUUUAAAGAGAAAAGUAGAAUGGAAGGAAAGGUAGACAGAGUGACAGUUGGGGAAUGCAGCGACCUUGAAUAAUGUUCAACGGUUUGUUGGGACCAUUCAAUGACAAGCAGAAGAGUUAAAAAGAGAAAUACGAAGAGAAAAGAUAACUCCCAAAUCUGUUGCCAAGAGAAAUCUUGUAAAAUGUACAGUGAGUGUAAAUUGUAAAUUUUCUGGUUUUGUAUGAUAUAUAUAGAGAGCCUGCUAAGUUUGCUGUGGGAAGUGAUGUGUAGGUAUCCAGCUAUAUUCUCAUCCCAUGUGACCGAAAGUUCUGUAUAGAAAUCUCAUAACUCACACAUAGAAGUAAGACAAGGAAAAAGAUUCAAACUGAUGUAACUCUAUAAGAAUUAUCCAGCUAACAAGAAGGCUUAACGAUAUUCACCAUGUAACAGUCCAGAUACUCUCACCACAGUGCCAUUGCAGACAAGUGCCUCAAACGAAAAAACCAAGUCAAUAAUAAAGACAAAAAACAUAAAGUAAGGGGGCAAGCUUUCUGUUACGCCAGAUUGGUCACUAGAUGUCAUUUAAAUACUUUUGAGUGGACCAGGAGCUGUCAGAUAGAUAUGAAAAUACACUGGGUAACUGUAAUGUAAUUAAUAAGGCUUUUGAAAUCUUUAAUUAAAUUAAUAUUGAUGUACAUUAAGCAGUUAGGUCCUUGGUGCGUGCCAGUGUGUGCUGCAGUGUACGUACAUUGAUGGCCAGUUUUGAUACAUGACAGCUGGUGCCCACAACUCAAGCAAUACCAUUGCACAUGUCAUAUUUCUCAGAUGAACCCAAGUUAUGAUAGAAGAGAUGGGUUCAUCUUGACUCUGUACUCCCCCCCCCUCCCCUCCAAAGCUGCUUAAAGAAACCAAUGUGAUGGGUGCUGUACUUUCUAUGUGUAGAUAGGGUUGUUGGGUCUUGUGGGAUAAGUGACUAUUGAGAUAACUAUUUUUGUGAUGCCUCAGUGUAGUGGUAAAAGAAACUAGCAUCGGGAAAAGGAAAACCUACCAUUGUAAGACUCUAUGUUGGUAAGUGCAGAAAUAACAAAUAUCAGUGUCAGUGUGUGUGGCACAGUACACCUAGAAGGUCUUCCCCUAGUUUUACAUUUGGGCCUUUCAGUUCAUUCAAAUUAUCAAUAUUUAAUAAAAAAAAAGAGGCUACUAGUUAGAGAUCCAGCCAACUUCCUUCACGUUAAAUUCAACGGUCAAUAGAAAUUUGCCAACAGUAACCAUUUGGCUACCAUCAAAAGUUAUACUAAUUAAGAAACAAAUUGGAUGAAAAAAGGGGAGGAUUGUUAACAUAGUUGUAUUGUGUCACCACAAUGUCUGAACUGAGUUUUGAGCCCUGUUCUUCAUAUCUCAAUGUUUAUUUGAAAUAUUAUGUGGACCAGACUGUCCUAUUCUUUUGUACAUUCUUGCAAAAUAGUGAACCCAUGUGUCUACCAGGACUGAGUACUUGUUGUGAGACAGGAUGCAACUGUUUUUUGUUGUUCCCGUUGGUUGUUUAUUUGGUUAUAACGGUUGGAAAAAUGUGUGCUCAGUGACUAUCGUGUAGUAGCCAUUCUCACAAUGAUGUUUCUUACAAGUUAUCGGUCGAGUGUAUCAGUUGUUGUAAGAUAACUUUCUAACAAGAACUAUUUGUCAGAAACCAGUUUACACAACGUAACGUAACACUAGAGCGGGAAGGAAACUAAGACAGAUGUGCAACAAUGUCACGAUUGUAAACAACAAGGUAUCAGACACAUGUAGGACAUGUUGGCUGUUAUUUCUGUGGCUAUUUUGUUACACAUAUCCGCUUCAUGGAUAGUCCUACAUACAGUAUGUAGUAUAUGGCCACACGGGUGCUGGUUCCUGUUAUACUUACAACGUCAUGUUACAACGUCAAGUUAGUGCCCUCUGUGAGAUUGUACUGUGGGUUUGGCUCCAGGUCCUGUAACGUGCCCCCAACCAUGCAAACGUGCCCCUUACCGCCUGUCUUCUGUACAGGGCUAACUAUGUACAGCACCUCUGUAGUCUCUUCACACAUACAGAUCCAGGAAUAGUCGACUCCCAGCUAGAUAACCAAGUCCACAAGAUGGAUGCCAUAUUUUUAUGUUUUGUACAUUGUACUUGUAUUUAUAUAUGACUCACGUGAGACUAAAACAUCUGACUAUAGUAAUUGGAAAGAAAGAUGUUUCGUUUUUUUCCUUUUUAUUUGCUAAUUUAUGCAUCAGUACAUUCAGUGUUUUUAUGUCGACUGUACUUUUGGUUCAUGUAACAUUAACGUUCUGUGUUGUGAAUUGGCUGGUAGGUAUAUUUUGGUGCAUCAGGUGAGGUAUGCAGAAAUUCUUUCACGGCUUUACACAUGGUAAAAUAAAAUAAAAUAAGAUAAAAGGUUAGAUGUCAUAGAUAGGAUGCGUAACAUUAUGACAUGGCGCGGGUGAUCUUUGUCGAAACCUCUUUGUCUCAGCUUUGAGCGAAGUUCGGAAAAAAAUGUAACAAAUUCCCUGCUGAGGGUUAUCUUUAAAAUGUCUGUUUUACUCAACUAAAGGAACGAAUGACUGAAACCAGCAGGUUCAAAUAACUUUGUAGACCUUCGAAUGGUCACUAUGGCAAAGUUUUACAAUGGUAUUAACAUUUCAGAAUUGUUACACUUGAGUAGACAUAGUACAAAACUUCAGCAUCUGAAGAAAAUGCAAUACUUCAAGUUGACAUAGUUUUUUUCAGGCAGCUGAGGCAAACGGGUUUCUAGAGAGCCCUUGUCAACACAGUCACAUUGCCCUUUCUGUUGCAAAAUACACAGUGGACAAUUCCAA